AUGAGAAUUGAGAUCAUUUGCUCACAGCUUCUUCUGGUGGUGUCGGCUGUUGCAGCGCCAACUCCGAGGGCCACAUUUGCGUUGGUGCCGCUCGAAGAUCCCCAGAACUGGGUUGCGGGCAACAGCUUGUUCCCAAGCAACAUCAUCGCAGGAUACCACGCUGAUUAUGAUGCCUAUGACUCCGAGUCUUGGUCGAGUUACGUACUCGAGAAAUGCAAAGCCUUUGCCCAGUGCACAUCAUCCGAGACUUUCUCAGGCAUGUCGACCCAAAAGCGAAUCAACUCGGGCACACCAAAGAUUAGGUACUGGUUUGGUUACGUGUGCAGAGGCGGCGCAACAACACAGGCCAACUACGAAAGAGUGGAUGGCGUGGAAGACUCCAUUGCCUACACAAUCGUAUAG